CUGUUUGUUUCUGUGUAACAAGGCUGCGGUAGCCGGAGGGAGAGAAGAGAGUAAAAAUGGCGAGUAUGAUAACACAGAGAUCAUCUUCUUCGAUGAUAAUCAAGGCCCCCACCUUGGGGAGAUUAUCAUUCAACUUCUUCAGAAACCUCAGUAGUUCUGCCCCCGUCGAUUCUUCUGCUUCGUUGGAAGAGGUUGCCACGAAGAAGCCGAAGCGAAAGAGACCGAAGAAUCUAAUCGAGGUUGUUCAGUUUCUUCCUAACUGGGGAAUCGGUUACCAUAUGGCCAAGAAACACUGGAAAAAUGUUUCUUACGAGAUAACCAAAAUCAAUCUUUACAAGGAUGGUAGACAUGGAAAGGCUUGGGGACUUGCUUAUAAGGAUGGUAAGUAUCACGUUUACAUCUUUUGAAUUGUGUUAUUAUUAUUACAUGUUUGCCUAGCUUGUGUUCGAUGAAAUGUCAGUGAGGAAAUUUUUUGGAUGUGAGUGGUUCAUGGUUUCUGUUAUGGAGAAUGAGCAAAAUUAGGUUAAUAUUGUUCAGAAAAUUUUAAUUGCUUUUUAGUGGUUACUGUAGAAUGACUUCAAAAUUUAUAGAUGCACUCUGACUGAAAAACUUUGAAUGAUAAACUCUUGAAAUUAAAGAUAUGAGAAUCAGUUCAUACUGGAAAAUAGCAUAACCAAGUUGUAAGGGUCUAAAUCCUGUGAUAGAAAGGCUGUAUUAUCUUUCUCGAUUCUCUUUCUUUUUUCCUUUGGAAUGUUAAAAUCUGUAUUAAAAUUGUUGUCACGAAACCGACUUUUUGCAAUACAAUCAAACAGAACAUCUUGCUUCUCUUUUUGUUUAUGAUGCAUAUUUUGUGGAGGUGAAACAAGAGGAAAAGGGCGAAAUUGACCCGCCUUCUUGUUUUCAAAUUGGAAUGCGCCUUAAGCUCAAAUAGUUUGGAAUUGACGCCUUCAGUUGGGAAAUUAUCAGUUAGGCUCGCAGUUUACAGGCUUACAGUUGAAUUCAAUCAAUGCAUGUUCUACUUAGCUUUUGUGGAUAAAGAUAAACUUUAGUUGGUGAAAUGGCACCUCAAAUUCUCUGUGUCAUGCUACUCCUCUUACUUCAUAUUUUCCAAAGCAUACCCCUAAAAUAUUCUUCUAAGAAUGUUCAGGAGCCAUUUGACUGUGAACUCUACUAGCUUUAAUUGCAAAGGGUCUUUCAUCUGAGAAUGAAAAUUGUGGCUUUUUGUCGGGUAUAGUUAUCUUCCCUGAAAACAAAUAAAUGAAAAAACAAGACAUUAGGAGCUGGUUGAUGGAUCCAUAGCCACCUUCUGUGAAACUGUUGAAAAGGAUAACCCACAAGUGUCUUAUUUUAACUACUUCAUUUGCUUCUCAGAUCAUUCUAAACUUACACAUAGUUAGUGAUGUGGACUGCCUUAGUUCUAAUCACAAGCUUGACUAAAACCUGAACUGUGUUUUGUUGGAGUCAUUAAACUAUUUAUUUCCUUUUGUCCAAUGAAAAUUGUUGAUGAAGUUUAUGAACUUGUCGUUGUUUGUUUCCACCAUUAAAAUCGGAUAAUUUUUGGUUGAAUAUCUGGGGAAACACUUCUCUCUCAUUUGUAUGCUGGUUAACCCCAAUCUUAAUGUCUACAUCCAACCCUGUUUAGCCCAAUGUAUUGUCAUGUGUAUUUGUGUAGACUCACUUUUUUUUAUGAAGGUUAAAACUAAAAAAAUGAUAUUCACACAGAAAAAAUGAGAGCACAAAUAAGCUAAUAUUAUGCCCAAUCACACAAAAGCUAAUGCCUCAAUCAACAAAGGCAAAGCCAAGAAGCCUUAACCUGACACUAUUAAUUCUCAUGAACUUCCACAAAAAAAAAUAAUUGGGAACAUUUUGUUGGGUGUAUUGAGAUGAGGGACUUGUUUGUUUCAUUCAGAAAUCUCUGCAAGUUCUAUAUACUUUUGCUUUGUUCUCAUGUUUCUUGUGCAAAAUGUGAAAAUGAGCUGGUUGAAGAAGAACUUAUUUUGGAUGGUAAAAACAAGACCUGUGGUGAAAUAUUGUAUUAACGCUAAUGACUAAUGCCAACUGCAGGUUUACCGGCAGAAGCAGCAAAGAAAAUUAGCGGUGUUCAUAAGCGUUGCUGGAAGUAUAUACCAAACCCUAUAAAAGCGGUGGUUGAAGAGAAUACUAAUCCCAAACCAGAAGAAGUUCAAGCAGCAUGAUCCCUUUUCUUCUUUCUUUCUAAUAAUCCCUAUUGCUAUUAUAAGAUUUGUUUCAAUGCCACCUGCUUUUGUUGUUGAAUCUUCUCACUUGAGAUAGGAUGUUAUUUAAUUUAGACUUUUUCUUUCCUGUUAUGAAAACCUUGUAAAAGAGGUUUGUUCUAUUAUUAAUAUAAACUAAUGACAUUUCCAUGA